AUGGGCACUAAAAGAAGGCAAGUUAAUACCAACUCACCUGAAACGAGAGCUUCUGCCUCUGAAAGGGCAAUUCAGUCUGUACUUUCCAGAUCGAUAGGUAACGGUACCAAUGGUACCAAUAAAGAGAUGCUUAAGUUGAUAUCUCAGUACUUUUACAAUCUGGGCAAUCCUGUUUUCUCCCAGUUGGCGGAUGAAAUUUCCGAGAGAACUGGUGUUAAAUUGAUUGAUGGGCCCAUUGGUCGAUUACAAGAGAUGAUCACGAGUCCUAAGAGGUACAACUUGAGCCAAUUGGAGGUACAAUCCGAGUUGAUUAGGCUCAUCGCAGAGAUCGACCCUUCGUCCAACGACCUUAGCAGAUAUUCUUUUGCUAUGAGUUGCUUCGCAAAACAUCUUUUUUUGGAAGCCUUGCUUAUAUCCAACAACGUUCAAAGGGCUGUCAGCGUACUUCGAGACUUUUCAGGUAAUAUAGAAGAGUCUCUCAGCGGCGAUUUGACAGAUUUACUGAUGGAUGAGAAACCUAACGGAAUAUCUGUUGAUGGCAUAUUUCAGAAAAAGCUUCAGCGGUUAAACUGGCCUGCUGAUUGUACCAUCAAGCAAUCCAGAGAGCUUUUACUGGGUGAGAUUAUGCAGUUAGUACCAUCUGCGGACACACCAGCUCCCAAUAGAUUGGUUAAACUGAUGGGCGAGGCUCUGUCGUAUGAACAGAUUACCAAUCCAUACUAUUUUCCGCCUUUCAAAGAUUCUUCAACACUGUCAUUACCUUCUGUAUCACCCAUUUAUCGGGACAAUAGCUUAGUUUUGCCUGUGGAGACACGUCUCAACUCUUUACCUGUUCAUCUAAAGCGGAGCUUACUGCUGCACGAAAAUGAAGUCUGGUUCGUCAAAUACUCGCACACUGGCCACUUUCUUGCGAGCGCUUCUACUGAUAAGAUGAUUAUUAUCUACGAUGCGGACGACAAUUACAGCGUGUACAAGAAACUAACAGGUCAUGAGGGUUCCAUCAUUUAUUUCUCGUGGUCCGACGAUGAUACUAAGUUGAUUACAUCGUCUUUUGAUCAGAAUACCAAAAUAUGGGAUGUGGAAUCAGGCACUUGCACAACAAUACAUAACGAAAGUUUCUUUGCUUCGAAUGCCAGGGUCUGGUCAAUUGAAUUCCUAGGUGAGGACAAUAUCUUUGUUGUCGGCUCUCCCGAUAAAGAGCUAGGAAUAUUUGACAAGGAUGGAUUCAUGGUUCACAAUUUCUCUCCUAAUUACAGAGUUGAUGAUCUCACCGUGAUCAACAACGAUAUACUCUGCGCUGUCACACAUUCGUGCAAUCUAAUGAUCUUUAAUUUAAAGGAUAAAGACUACAAGCUUCUCAGUACAGUGAAAAUUACCCAGAAGCCCACGGCUAUCACGCAUUCACCAUCGGAUCCUAAGCAUAUACUGAUCAACGUGAAACCAGAUCAAAUCCAGCUCUGGAAUAUUGAAGAUCCCGAAAGACCCUACUUACAGAACAAAUAUUACGGCUUACAACAAUCUGACUUCAUAAUUAGGGGAUGCAUGUCUGAUAGAAAUCUCAUUUUAAGUGGAUCCGAAGAUGGUCUGGUCUACGUUUGGAAUACUAGAUUCGGCAACUUGAUCACAUCUCUGGCUGGCCAUAAAUCUUUGAUUAACUGUAUUGCCUGGAGACCUAAUCCUAAUGGUACAAAGGCAGGAUGUGAAUGGGCCAGUUGCGGUGACGAUAGGAGGGUCAACAUAUGGGGGUUUAAAUAA